AUGAAAUUCACAAUUGCAUUCGUGCUGUUCGCGCUGGUGUGUGCCGUGUACGCCCAGACCGAUGCCGCCAAGGAUGCGGCGGAUAAGGUGAAGGACAAGGUCGCCGUCCCGGAUGCACCCAAGCUGGAUAAGGAUGCCGUCACCACCCCCGACCCCAAGGACGCCACCAAGAAGGUGGAAGAGGCGGCCGGCAAGGCGAAAGAUCAGGCCGCCGAAAUCGGCAAGAAGCUCACCGACACCUUCAAGCUGUAA